ACGUCACCGCGGAAUCCUCCUUGCGCAAGUACCAUGUGAAGGUUGCAAUAGAUUUGCGUACAGAACUCUGUAAAAAAUGCUGGAUUUUGCCAUAUUUGCGGUGACAAUUGUAGUUGCACUUAUUGGUCUGGUUGUCUACUUGUAUCCGGGGCGAAGUAAGCCAACUACUGUGCCAGGCCUUGAACCAACUGAUCCCAGCAAGGGAAACUUGGCGGACAUCGCCGCGGCCGGCAGCCUCCAUGAAUUCCUGAUAUUUCUUCACGACAAGUAUGGCUCGAUUGCCUCCUUCUGGAUGGGCAACCAGCUCGUCAUCAGCAUCGCCAAGGUGGAUCUCUUCCAACAGCAGAUGGGACUCUUCGAUAGGCCUCCAUCUCUUUUCAAACUAUUCGAGCCACUCAUCGGACCAAUGUCGAUAGAGUUUGCAAAUAAGGCAGACGGGAGGAUGCGACGUAACACGUAUGAUAAGUGUUACAGUCACAGCGUUAUAAAAUGCUUGUACCCGAUCUUCAACGAGUUUGCGAAUGAGCUGGCGGAUAAGUGGGGGAACCUCGUCGGUGAGGAACACAUUCCGGUCAAAAACUACAUGUUUUCGUUUGCAAUCAAGUCCAUCACCCUGGCCUCCUUUGGUGACUACUUCAAGGAUGAAAAGAAAGUGCAGAAGUUGAAGAUGGCAAAAGAUUUUGUGUGGACAGAAAUGGAGAGACGGCUGACGAGCACGAGUCAAGAUGCUGAAACGCAAAAGCGCUUCGAAGAAAACAAAAAAAUCCUGCUGGAUAUUUGUGAUGAGCUCCUCAAGCACCGCAGAAAGAACCCCCCACUUGGUGAUGAGUAUCUUCUCAUCGACACCUUUCUCGAGGCAGAUAUGUCGGACGAACAGCUCCGAUCCGACGCCAUAACAUACCUGAUCGGAGGAUUCCACACGACGGGAAAUCUUUUGUCGUGGGCUAUUUACUUCCUUGCCUCGCACCCUGACGCCCAAGAGAAGCUUUAUGAAGAAAUCAAGGCAGUCUUGGGAGAUGAUGAUGUUGACAGUGAAAACGCUUCUGCACUCAUUUAUCUUCGCCAAGUGAUAGAUGAAACAAUGAGGUGUGCUGUGCUGGCUCCUUAUGCGGCAAGAUAUGACCCUGAUUCUGAAACCGAACUCGGUGGUCAUGUCAUUCCACCUGGUACGCCUGUGAUCCAAGCUGUUGGUGUUACCUUCCAAGAUGAAGAAGUCUGGCCUAAUCCAAACAAAUUCGACCCCGAUCGAUUCAGCUCUGAAAAUGUUAAAAGUCGCCAUCGCCUUUCGUUCAGUCCGUUUGGUUUCGCUGGGAAGAGAAAGUGUCCAGGAUACCGAUUUGCGUACGCCGAAGCAACAACGGCAUUGGCGAUCCUCUUCAGUCGCUUCAAAAUCAAGCUGGUGGACGACCAAGUUGUUUUGCCGUUAUAUCAACUCGUCACGACUUCGGCUGAUGAAAUUUGGAUUCAAGUUGAGGAGAGAAAGAAGAAGUAACUGUGUUCAGUUAAUUACGCCAGGUCAGAGUUUUUGGAUCCUUGUUCUACAUGUAUAAUGAACCGGCAUGGUCAUUAUCGGACAGACUGUGAUUUUCUACGCGUAUGAAUACUGAACUGCCUCAGUUGAGUUCUUGAAGUACUUCGAUGCUGGACAGCUGAUCAGAAAUUCAUUAGUACCCACGCCUUGUUCAGAGGACAGUACUCUUGACAUCAGAAAUCUCCCCAGAAUUCAUAAGAUGGUAAUGGGGUUUAUACUGGGUGCAUUCUUGUAGAAUAGGUCUUACUUUCUCUUUUUUGAGAUUGAAUAAGCUAUUUUAGUAUCUUAAUUAGAAAAGGUGCUUAACUUAGAUUUAUAUGCCCGUGCCAUGGUCUUCAAUUGAAGACAAAAUUAUUUCAUUUUGACACAAUAUUGCCCAUUCAUAACUGAUAUGCAUGUCACAUUCGAAGUUAAUCCGGCAAUUGGAAGAGAUAGCAGACAAUUUCAUACUACGCUGUAGCCCCUGCUAUCUGCCAAAACAACUAUAAAGGUAAUAAAAAUCAACCCUGUUGAACUAUUCAGGUGCAUGAGGCACCUAUUGGAGGUGGUGGUGGGUGGUGGAGAUCAACAGGCUUUUCAAGGGUCUUAUAAAUGCUGGCUCUUUCCAGCUCUUCAUCAUAGUAUUUGGUCGGUCAUGAAAUGAUAAAUGUUACAUAUAUUUAAAUUUGUUAUUGAACAUACUUAUAUAUAGCUUAUAUUGUAAUAAAAUAUAAUUAUAUAUGCUUGCGAAAUAAAAUCCCUCAGUCUUCUUUCAUUGCAUAUAAAGUGCAAUUGACCUCCUGUACUUUAUAUAUGUGGCCGUACAUACCCACCUGACCUCACAUCUGUACAUACCUUAUGAAGAUUAUGAAACAAUGCAGAUUAAGGAAGUACAUAAAAAGCAAGUUGCCUUGAGACAAGUUGGCUAACAUAAGCAACUACCGUAGCCAACAAUAGCCACUUUCAGUUAUUAUUGCUAUAAUACGGCAAUGCAUGUCUUGUACCCCUCAUCGGUGGUAUGGUGCAGUACAUUGCUGCAAGUAAAUCUAAAAUAUCAAAAUACUCAUAAGGUUAAGUUGUUAUACUGAAAUACUGUAAAUGAUAAAUAUAGGUUGCUAACAUUGGCUCAUAGUGAAAAAGAAUGAAAUAAGUACAGACAAAAAAUCAAGUUCCCUUGACAAAGUACAACAUGUCGCGGAACCUCGACAACUCAAUUGGUAAAGCAGUGGACCGGCAAUCCCAAGAUCCCCGUCAAGGCAACUCGAUUUUUCUGUACUAAUUUCAUUUAUUUACUAUCAAAUAUACUGUAAAACUAAAACGUUGCAAAAUAGCAUGCAGUUGAUGGGAAUUGCCUGCUGCCAUGACCGAGGCAAUUCUCGUACCGUCUCAGAAGCCAACAGCCUCAUUACCAGCAAUCCCCAACUUUAUUAUGCCGCUGCUAAAUGCAGGCGCUACGAUCGAGUUUGACACGUGACCCAAUUUAGCCAAUCAGAGCGUUCAUCGAAUAAUAAAAUAUAUUUUUAGUACA